UGGACCGUGAACGCGUCGCAUUGAUAUCAAUACUACAUUACCCAAGACAGCCCGCGUCGAGCCAUGUUGUAGGAAAUCCUGUUGCAGCGGAUUAUUGUAAUCCGACAGAGGGUCUGGACGACACAUCGGAUCACGACAAAAACCAAAGCCCGGUGGCCUGGAACAGAUACCGGUCGUCCGAGAAUAAAGAGAUCAAGUUGGGCUAUGAUCUGACGCAGCGGUCGGUGCUCCUGGAGCCAGCGAUCGGCGGUGCCCGGGCCGUUUCCUGGACCGAUUCGUCUCACACACUCUGACAGCGGCUUGGCUUCACUGCACCGCACCGCAGAGCAGAGCAGAGGAGGGAGGAAAAGCGCUCAUUUGUCGGCUAAAGAGAUCGGCCCUCUUCUCCCUUGUCCCAGGCAGGUUUAAGUCCAGCCCGGCUUGGCUCGGCUCGGUUGUCCUGGACUGGAGCGCUGCGGGUUGCUCGCAGUCAGCUAGCUAGCGGGGCUAGCUCUCUCCAGCUAGCUAGCUAGCUGGUCAGGAAUUUUUUAAAGCUUAGUUCGGAAUUUAGCGAAUUCUCCGAGUCGCAGCCCAGACGGAAGGAGGAUGUCGGCGAAAGACCAGAACAAACUGUCCACCACCGAGCGACCCAUUAAAGCGGUGCCGUAUCCCCCCGGUACACGCCUGACGGUCACAGACCUGUACGUGGAUGGGAAGCCCAGCGUGGAGCUGCUGAAGGCUCAUCUGGUGAAGGAGGGCCGGCUGGAGGAGGAGGCGGCUCUACGGCUCAUCAACGAGGGAGCCAGCAUCCUCCGGCAGGAGAAAUGCAUGCUGGAGGUGGAAGCCCCCAUCACAGUGUGUGGAGACGUCCAUGGCCAGUUCUUUGACCUGAUGAAGCUGUUCGAGGUGGGCGGAUCCCCCAGCACCACCCGCUACUUGUUCCUCGGGGACUACGUGGACCGGGGUUACUUCAGCAUUGAGUGUGUGCUGUACCUCUGGGCCUUGAAGAUCAACCACCCCAACACACUGUUCCUCCUCAGAGGUAACCACGAGUGCCGACACCUCACCGAGUACUUCACCUUCAAACAGGAGUGUAAAAUCAAGUACUCCGAGUGUGUCUACGAUGCCUGUAUGGAAGCGUUCGACUGCCUGCCUCUGGCGGCGCUCCUCAACCAGCAGUUCCUCUGUGUGCACGGGGGUCUGAGCCCUGAAAUCACCUGCCUGGAUGACAUCCGAAAGCUGGACCGGUUUAAGGAGCCUCCUGCGUUCGGGCCCAUGUGCGACCUGCUGUGGUCGGACCCAGGGGAGGACUCCGGUUUUUUUUUACACUGCUGCCACAACAGUGUGCGAGGCUGCUCGUAUUUCUACAGUUACCCAGCUGUAUGCGACUUCCUGAUGAACAAUAACCUGUUGUCUGUCAUACGAGCACAUGAAGCCCAGGACGCCGGGUAUCGAAUGUACAGGAAGAGCCAGACGACAGGCUUCCCUUCUCUGAUCACCAUCUUCUCGGCCCCUAACUACCUGGAUGUGUACAAUAACAAAGCGGCCGUGCUGAAGUACGAGAACAAUGUGAUGAACAUCCGGCAGUUUAACUGCUCCCCCCACCCCUACUGGCUGCCCAACUUCAUGGACGUCUUCACCUGGUCGCUGCCCUUCGUUGGAGAGAAAGUGACAGAGAUGCUGGUGAACGUGUUGAACAUCUGCUCUGAUGACGAGCUGCUGUCAGAAGGGGACGACACAUGUGAGGGUGGAACUCCUGCUGUGAGGAAGGAGGUGAUCAGGAACAAGAUCCGAGCGAUUGGAAAGAUGGCUCGUGUCUUCUCCGUGCUCAGAGAGGAGAACGAGAGCGUGUUGAUGCUGAAGGGGCUGACCCCGACUGGGACGCUGCCUCUGGGAGUUUUGUCCGGAGGACGGCAAACUCUGCAAAGCGCCACCGUAGAGGCAGAAGAGGCACGAGCCAUUCAAGGCUUCAACCCGCAGCACAAGAUCCAGAGUUUUGAGGAGGCCCGAGGUCUGGACCUGAUCAACGAGAGGAUGCCCCCCCGCCGUGACACCAAGCAGCAGGAGCCCGCCCCCUUCGUGAACAACCUGCCGGCCAGCACCGGGCCGCCGGACAAGAAUGGCACCAAUGCACAGGCCUAGAUCCUCACCCUUUAUCUCCCCUCUUCUUCCUCUCCUUUGCUUCCUUCCUUCCUUCCUUCUUUCCUCCUUUAAGAGCAGAAGAGGCGGUUCAGUCCGAGCGACUCGCGCUUAAUUUAAUUUAUCAUCCGAAUAUCACAGUUUCAGACUGAAGAGGAGACGUGGACUUUGCUGGAGCCACUCGCUGCCCAGUCCACUUUUUAAUCAGGGGUCUGCUCAUCACAACGACACUGUUUUCUGUUGGUUUUAUUUUGGUGAGGGAGGAAGUGUUCACACACACACACACACGCGCGCACACACACACACACACACAGAGGGACAGAAGCUGAUUCUUUCUUAUGCCAAUGAUAGUGUGACUGAGCUCAGAGGAGCUAAGUAUUGACAUUUUUAUGACAUAUGUACAUUUUAAUUGUUCUGUCUUUUCAAUGUGAUGU